GUAUUCGUAUCUCUGAAUCAGUAGUGACUUGGAAAUGCAUUUCAUAAUUUAAUUAGUAAUUAAUAAAUUAGUGAAAAUAAUUUUUAUAAAUAGUUGAGUGUAAAUAUAAUAAUAAAAGUGGUAAUAUGAAUUACCUUUGUUUAGUCUUAAAUGGCGUAAUAUCGGCGGGCGCCUAUUUGAUGGCCAUACGCAUAAUUCCACGAUUCCGGGAAAUGUUCAUCAAGGCUAAUCUCUAUGGUAAAGAUUUGUGCAAAAAAGACCAAACUCAAGUACCCGAAUCCUUGGGUGUUUUAAUUGGUUGCGUUUUUUUGGUGGCCAUGUUUUUAUUUAUACCAGUGCCAUUUACACUGGAAGAUACUGCCGCCAUGGAUGUCAACACGGGUGGCAAACCUUCAACAUUUCCUCAUGAAGAAUUUGUUGAGCUUAUUGUUGCAUUACUGUCAAUUUGCUGUAUGAUAUUACUGGGUUUCGCUGAUGACGUAUUGGAUUUGAGAUGGCGCCAUAAAUUAAUGUUACCCACCAUGGCCACACUACCUUUACUCAUGGUCUAUUAUGUAAAUUAUAAUUCCACCACCGUAAUAAUGCCAAAAUUUGUACGUUCCUUUUUGGGAGAAUCUUUAGAUAUAGGUGUCUUGUACUAUAUUUAUAUGGGUAUGCUGGCGGUGUUUUGCACAAAUGCUAUUAAUAUAUUGGCUGGUAUAAACGGCUUGGAGGUGGGCCAAUCUAUAAUUAUAGCUGGUUCAAUAUUGAUUUUCAAUGGCAUAGAAUUAUUUUUGGGCCAUCAAAUUGAUAGUCACAAAUUCAGCAUUUACCUAAUGCUACCAUUCUUUGCAGUUUCGCUAGCCUUGUGGAAAUACAACAAAUAUCCCUCACAGGUUUUCGUCGGUGAUACCUUUUGCUAUUUUGCCGGCAUGACAUUCGCCGUUGUUGGCAUUAUUGGUCACUUCAGUAAAACCUUAAUACUCUUCUUUUUACCACAAAUCAUCAAUUUCCUCUACUCCAUACCACAACUGUUUAAAUUUGUACCCUGUCCGAGACAUCGUCUACCAAAAUAUGAUCCUAAAUCAGAUCUCCUGCACAUAAGUACAACGGAAUUCCAUAAAAAUGAACUCAACAUUUUGGGCAAAAUAAUGGUAACUGUCUUUAAGGCCUUAAAACUAAUCACCUGGCAAGAAAUGCCCGAUGGUCGAGUGAUAACGAAUAACUUUACGUUGAUUAAUUUUGUGCUGGUGGUGUUUGGGCCAGUACAUGAAAAAGUAGUAACACAAAUGCUGAUGGCUGUACAAGUGUGUUGUACGUUAGUGGCAUUUGUGAUACGUUAUCCGUUGGCAAGUUAUUUCUAUGAUUCGUAGUGAGAGGCGGACAUUGAAGCGGUAAGGAUGUUUUGCUAAUGAAAUUAAAUGAUUUUCCUCCUUCUAUUUUGAUUAAUUGUAAAAAAAAACAAACCAAAAUUAUAGUUUUGUAAGUAUUUAAAGUAUUGAUAUUUAUUUAGAUAAUUGAUAAAAACUAUUACGUAAAUAAAUUUCGAUAUAAAUUUUUUAAAAAUAAAAA